UUGGAACAUUAGACUUAACGAAAUUAUAUCGAUGGCAGAGAGAAACCUAACCUCUCUGGUUCCAUCAACAGCUUCGUAAACCAAAGAAUAAUUUCAAAGAAAUCAUGGCUACACGUUAUAUGGUACGAAGAGUCCUAUGUUCUAUUAACGCUUACCAUCAUACUGCAUGGUUUACAUGGAGCAAAUUCUCGAUAAACUCGAAAAACCUACAGAAUUUUGGGACAGGAAUCCUUACGGGACUGGCGACGUACAGCAUAUACAGUGAUGUAGUUCAGGCAGCGCAGAAUGACCUGCAAAUUUAUAAGAAAACUUUUAUGGCAGAGCCUAUCACAGCCGUCGAACAAUUGCAGAAAAACCCGAACGAUAUGAAAACAAAAAUGGAACUGCUGGUGAUGAAGACUCAGGCAGACUUCUGCAGAGUUCUCGAAAAACUGGAGAAUGGCAAUUCCUUCAAAGUGGAUCGCUGGACCAGAAAAGAAGGUGGUGGCGGUAUUACUUGCGUCCUGCAAGACGGACAAGUAUUCGAGAAAGCUGGUGUUAACGUUUCCGUCGUAACCGGCAUGCUACCACCGAAUGCUGUCCAACAGAUGAAGGCACGCGGUAAGAAGAUGGAAGACUCCGUGCCGUUCUUCGCAGCUGGUGUCAGCGCUGUGAUUCAUCCUCGCAAUCCCAUGAUCCCUACGAUUCACUUCAACUAUCGUUAUUUCGAAGUGGAGAAUCCAGAUGGUACAACUCAAUGGUGGUUCGGAGGUGGUACAGAUCUCACCCCGUAUUACUUGGAUGAGGAAGAUGCCAAACAUUUUCAUAAAACGCUAAAAUCCGCCUGCGACAAGCACGAUCCUUCCUACUACUCGAAAUUCAAGGAAUGGUGCGACAAUUACUUCAACAUUGUGCACCGAGGGGAACGGCGCGGCGUGGGCGGGAUAUUUUUCGACGACCUUGAUACUCCAAGUCAGAACGAGGCGUUUCAGUUCGUCACUUCUUGUGCCGAGGCUGUCAUUCCGUCAUACAUUCCUUUAGUAAAGAAACACAAGAAUGAUGGUUACGGAUAUCACGAGAGACAAUGGCAACUAUUGCGACGGGGUAGGUACGUCGAAUUUAAUUUGAUCUACGAUCGUGGCACCAAGUUUGGCCUGUACACACCUGGUGCGCGAUAUGAGAGUAUACUCAUGUCUCUGCCAUUGAACGCCAAAUGGGAAUACAUGCAUGAACCUAAAACCGAUUCGAGGGAAUCGCAACUUUUGGAGGUACUGAAAAAUCCGAGAGAUUGGUUGGACAAAGCAAAUUCGGACAAUGUGCAAGUAUAAGUUUUAAUUUCUCGAAGUGACUUUCGCGCGAUAAAUUAAAAAAAA